ACUGAGGUGACCGUGACAGGGACGCCGGCGCGAAAUUCGCGAACGGGUGACAUCACAGAGGGGCAGCAGUGGUUUAGCGGAAGAGGCUCAGUUGCGGGGCGGAAGUGACGGUGCAGGGCCCUGCCGGCCGGUAGGAGGGCGGGUGGGUGCAUGUUGCGGCGCGGGUGCCGCCGGGAGAGAGAGCGCGGCCCAGUCCCUUUGUUGCGGUAACGCUGCCCGGGGGGGGGGCGGGGGGAGAGCGGAGCCGAGCCCAGCCUGAGCUUGAGGCGAGCCGAGCCCAGCCUGAGGCAGGGACACCCCCACAAACAGUCACAUCAGCCCAGCCCGCACCCACAAUAACAUGGACUCGGACGAGGGCUACAUGUACGACGAGGAUGAGUACAGCGAGGAGAGCGAGCCCGAGGAUAACUUCGAGAUCGGUGAGGUGGAGAUGCAGGAGCCUGGCCUGGAGCCCGGCCAGGACGGCGACGGGGUCGGCGGUGGAGGCGGCGGCCUUGGAGGCCUAGGCGGGCUGGGCGGCCUCGGCGCCGAACAGGAGGAGGAGGAUUACCGCUACGAGGUGCUGAGCGCCGAGCAGAUCGUCCAGCACAUGGUGGAGUGUAUCCGGGAGGUCAACGAGGUCAUCGAGAAUCCAGCCACAAUCACAAGGAUACUUCUCAGCCACUUCAACUGGGAUAAGGAGAAACUAAUGGAAAGAUACUUUGAUGGAAACUUGGAGAAACUUUUUGCAGAAUGUCAUGUAGUAAACCCUUAUAAAAAGUCUCGAACACGUCAGAUGAACACACGAUCAUCCUCACAAGAUAUGGUUUGUGCGAUCUGCUACCUGAAUUAUCCUAACUCGGAUACUUUAAGGUGAUGGCCUCUUUUCAGGACCAAGAAUGACAGCUUGAGGCCUUCCAUGAAUUUGUGCGAUAUACAACGUGACAUGAUCUGAGUAGAGUCAGCAUUAUCCUGCAGAAUGGCCUUGAUAUGCCCUCUUUCAGCACCAAACUUGCAUGGUGAUUGAAUUGGGCCCAAUUUAUCAAGUUGUCAAUAAGGCCAACUGGACAUCAUCAACAGCAUCUAUACCUAAUUAUUUAUAAAGUGUUUUGAAAUAUUUGGGGCUGUGAGAAGUAUGAUAUAAAUGCCAGUUUUUUCUUUUGUACUGAGUUGUCUUCAACUGUUUAAUUGUAAUCAAGUUCUCUUUUUUUCAAAAUCAAAGUCUCUAAGUUU